AGAGAUGUUACGAGGACACGAGAGAAAAUAACCCGCAUGCAUCUAGCGGAAUACACGCUUCUCAGAAGUUAAGAGAUAACCGAAGACAAGGACAUAUUUGUUUUUUCUCUUAUUGAGCUCCUCCUGAUGCCUGUAUUUGUAAUAACGCGGUACUGACUGACGUGGAAUAUUUGUUUAUUUUAGUGAUUGAGCACGCGCGCUUUUCAUAUAAAUAUAUGACGAACUUUGGACACUACGAACUUUAAGACUUCUUGUUAAAGGGAAUAUUCUUUCAGAGAAGUUUCAUCCAGAGGAAUACUCAGCGCUUUUUAUUGGAUGACAAAUGAAGCAUCAUUGAUGCCCUCUUAGUCUAAGCAGUGUCUAUGGAACUACAUAAUCACCCAUAACUCACUAACAGUCCAAAUUUAUCCUCUCUUGAGGCAGUAUAAAACAGGAAAGUUUUACUAGACUUGCCUCAUUCAAAACAGGUGACUGAAAAUCCAGCAUGGGGGGUUCACCUCUGAAAAUUUUGAUUUUUCUUUGGUGCCAAAUGGUCAUUGCUGCAUACAGUCUAGAGACUGGCUCAUAUGACCUAGAGAGAGGGCGACCUGCUAAAUGUGAGCCUAUCAUCAUCCCCAUGUGCCAGGACAUUGGGUAUAACCUCACCCGGAUGCCCAACUUUAUGGACCACGACAAUCAGAGGGAGGCUGCUAUAAAACUCAAUGAAUUCGCCCCUCUUGUGGAAUAUGGUUGUGAUGUGCAUUUGCGAUUUUUCCUGUGCUCGCUCUAUGCCCCUAUGUGCACAGAUCAAGUGUCCACAUCAAUCCCCGCUUGUCGUCCAAUGUGCGAACAGGCACGCCAGAAGUGCUCGCCCAUAAUGGAGAAGUUUAACUACGCCUGGCCUGAUUCUUUGGACUGCUCUAAACUGCCCACCAGGAAUGACCCCAACGCACUGUGCAUGGAAGCCCCGGAAAAUGAUACCAAAACUGAGACUAAGAAAGGAGAGGGCAUGCUGCCUGUGCCACCCCGACCCAGGCAGCCUGGCGCUGGAAACGGACGCUCGGGGGGCAGCAUGGGUGUUUGUGACAACCCGGAAAAGUUCCAGUAUGUGGGAAAGAGUGAGACGUGUGCUCCACGCUGCUCGUCCGCUGUGGAUGUGUUUUGGUCCAGACAGGAUAAGGACUUUGCAUUCAUUUGGAUGGCGGUUUGGUCGACUUUGUGUUUUGUGUCCACAGCUUUCACUGUCCUCACCUUCCUCCUUGACCCGCAUCGCUUCCAGUAUCCAGAGCGGCCUAUCAUCUUCCUUUCCAUGUGCUACAAUGUUUACUCAGUAGCCUUCAUCAUUCGGUCCGUCGCUGGGGCGGAGAAUAUUGCGUGUGACCGUGAAAAUGGGGAGUUGUACAUCAUUCAAGAGGGCCUGGAGAGUACAGGUUGUACCAUAGUCUUCCUCAUCCUCUACUACUUUGGCAUGGCCAGUUCCAUCUGGUGGGUCAUUGUCACCCUCACAUGGUUCUUGGCGGCAGGUAAGAAGUGGGGUCACGAAGCUAUCGAGUCACAUAGCAGUUACUUCCACAUGGCUGCCUGGGGCAUACCUGCACUGAAGACCAUAGUCAUCCUCACCAUGCGGAAAGUUGCAGGCGAUGAGCUCACCGGACUGUGCUAUGUGGGCAGUAUGGAUGCGGGGGCACUAACAGGCUUCGUCCUUGUGCCGUUGUCCUGUUACCUUGUCAUCGGAACGUCGUUCAUCCUGACCGGCUUCGUGGCUCUCUUCCACAUCAGAAAGGUGAUGAAGACCGAAGGCACCAACACAGAAAAACUGGAGAAGCUGAUGGUGAAAAUCGGCAUCUACUCCAUUCUCUACACGGUCCCUGCCACUUGCGUCAUCGUAUGCUACUUCUACGAGCGGCUCAACAUGGACUACUGGAAAUUCCGAGGGCUGCAGAGCAAGUGCACCACGUUUCCCGGCCGUAGGAAUGAGGACUGCUCCCUGGAGUCUUCGGUGCCCACGGUGGCCGUGUUCAUGUUGAAGAUCUUUAUGUCGCUGGUGGUGGGCAUCACCAGUGGGGUGUGGGUCUGGAGCUCCAAGACAUUGCAGACUUGGCAGGGUCUGUGUAGCAGGAAGUUGACAGAUAGGACUUGCAGAAAACACUGCACUGGGAGUUGCAGCACCAGUCACUGCCACUACAAAGCACCUGCCGUCAUACUCCACAUGUCAAAGACGGAUCCCUACUCAGACAGCCCCACGCAUGUAUGAGCGCAGGUCUGCGCACAUGAGACUGUGGCUUCAUCUGUGAUGUACUGUAUAGAGGCAGAAUCCAGGCCUCGCUCUGCGAAUUGGACUUUAUGAAAGGCAGUUUGCAUGCUUUGAAGCCAUGGAAAGUAAAACAAACUUAAAGUAAUACUCAGUGUUUAAUACAAGUUAAGCUCAAUUAUGGCAUAAUAUUGUUUUCCACAACAACAACAAAAUCUACUCAUCCCUCUCUCGCUCUCUCUCUCUCUCUCUCUCUCUCUAUAUAUAUAUAUAUAUAACUAUAUAACCCAUAUAUAUAUGGGUUACAGUGAGGCACUUACAAUAGAAGUGAAUGGGGCCAGUCCAUAAAUGCUAAAAUACACCACUUUCAAAAGUAUAGCCACAACACAUAGACAUUAUAUGUGUUCACAUGAUUUUAGUAUGAUAAAAUCGCUUACUAACCUUUUCUGUGCAAAGUUGUAAUCCAGUAUUACAACUGUGUUGAAACCCUGUAAUCCUGGUAUUGGAUAUAACUUUACAUAGAAAAGUAUAGUAAGCAAUCAUGUUAACAUGUAUAAUGUUUACAUCUUGUGGCUAUACUUUUGAAACAUUGUGUAUGUUAGCGUUUAUGGACUGGCCCCAUUCACUUCUAUUGUAAGUGUCUUAGUGUAACUGCUUUUUUUUAAAUAAAUGAGGGGUGGGUCGAACUUAUUUUUUGUGGUAAUCAACAUUAUGACAAAAUUGCUGUUGAUUGAGCUUAACUUGUAUUGAGCCUGGGAAUAUUCCUUUAAAAACCAACAUAGCAGCUUCUCAGUAAACUAUGGAUUGAUUAUCAGUACUUAAAGGGAAUUUUUUAUCAUUGCUUGCUGUCGAAAAGCAAAAAUUGAGAAGUGUCCACAGAUAUGCAUGUGGUAAUUGGUUAUAAAUGAUUUGCAAAACCAAUCACUCUUGCAUGGAAAAAUGCAGCAUCUCCCUUCUGAAUCAUACAUGUUUUGUGUGGAAGUACAUGUUAAAUGUUUCAGGACUUCUAUUUAUAUAUGUUAAAUGUUU